UUCCUGAUAGGCGGCUCCAGCACAGCUCGCACUGCGUAAAUUAGGAGGCUAUAUGGCACGAAGCUUUGUUUCCCAUAAAUGGGGACAGGGGGCCUCUGGGCAUGAUCAGAGAGCCUCUCCCUGCAAGGACCACUCUGGGUUUAUUGAAAGGACCCGAAGAAGAAGGAGCGCCUCUGAACCUACUCACGACCAUUCGUCAUCAUUCCCACCACCCACGUACCAUGAAGUGCUGGUCCCGAUACGGGCCCAUCUCGCAGUACGAGUCAGUGUUGAGCCCGCUCAGGGUGGCAUUCAGAAUCCCCGACAUCUUCGGCAGACUGAUGACGUCUCUACGCCUUUACCACCCGUCAGACGUACUCCGACAGAGCCAAUUGGCUCUAUCACCUGUCACUCGUGGCAAGACCGUCCCCCUUGCACAGGCAGAAACGCGGCGGCCUCGUUGAAGUCUCUUGUAAACGUCACGCCCAAGAACAAUCAAUCAUCGGGCGGUCUGCGGCAGAGGGGGCGGGCAGCCUUGCCGUGGAGAAUGCUGGGGAUUGUAGUUUUCCCCCUAACUGGUCCUCUACAGCUCUUGUCUGAUCCUCCAAUCACGUCGCCUGAAACGAAUACGAAUGCCCACUUUACGCCGCGCGGCGAAAGGGGAAAGCGGGGUGUAAUUUGGGCGGGAAAGUUUGGUGCCGAGAAGACUCCCUCACAAUUUCCUUCAGAGCGUCUGUUUGUUUUUGCUUCUCAGGCGGCCAGGCGCGGUAUCUCUGUGUCUGUGCCAGCUCCCAUCUGAGCCCGUUUUAAUUUGUUUUUUUAAAAUAUUUAGUUUUUAACUACUCUAUACCUGACUUCAAAAACAACAUAAAACGGCUUAAAUGAAAUGAAAUUUAAAACGUGUGGGAGAAGGACCUGUAAAACAAUGUCUAAAAACGAAUCCAUCAAGCAUUAAAAUCUCAGCAUAAAACCAUUUCAGUCAGCAAACAAUAGGUAUAGGAAUUUCAGCAAGGUUUCCCUAAAAGUUUCUAAAAACAUGCUUGGUGCGCACGUCUUGAUGAAGCACAUCCUUGGAGACACUCCUGCUUCUUAGAUUCCUUUUUUAAAACCCACAUUUUAUUUUAUGUAUUAAAAUGAUUGUAUUUCUUUUGGCCCUACUUGGAGACUUAGAGGAAGCUUCAAUCACAGAUUAAAGCAAAAUACAAAAUUGGCUCUGUUCAGAGGGAAAAGACUGCACGUGCACAGAGGCACCCCACGGUCCUUCUCCAGGGAGCCAGUUUGGUCUACUAUUUGCUGUGCUGACUAGGACUAGGGAGAUUUGGAUGAAAAACGUCCCUGUUCAACUAUAAAGCUCACUGAGAAGAGCACUGAUGGCAUUUGGAUUAUUUUGGGCCAGUCAACAUCAUUCAACUUAAUUUUCUUCAGGGAUGUGAGAAUGGGCCAUUUUUCUACAUUGUGGAAAUGGAGGGGAGAAAGCCCUUUAUGGAAAUAAAAGAGCUAAUUCAAGAACUGAUUAAAAGAGAGACCUCAUCUGAUGUAGCAGAGGUCACUGAGAAGCUGUUCAGUGUGACAGAAAAUGUGAAUGAAGAAAGUGGAAAUGAGAGUCAGAAGGCUCAGGUUGAAGAAAGUGCAGUCACUUUAUGGAACUGGACCGUGGCAAGAAAAAUAGGCCCCAUUAUCAGUGAUAUGCAAAAAGUUAAGUUGCGCCAUGUUGCCUGCAGACUGAUGAUGUUUUGUGAAGUAAACAAUUCUCCUGAGGAUAUUGUGCGGAGGCAAAUUCUGAUGACCAUGAAGACUGGGAAAGGCUGGGUGGAUGUUGGAAAACCUGCUCUUGCCAAUGAACUUCUUGAGAUUGCCAUGAAUAAUCUGGAGAAACUCUAUGCUCAGCUAACAAAGAGGUGUACCAGCGAGGCUGAUAUGUGUAUACAGAAAGCUGAUGUAGAAAAGGAUAUAUUCAAAGUUCUCUCUUAUCAGGCUGAAACUGCAAUUGCUCAAGGGGAUUUUCAGAAAGCAGCCACAUGUGUUCAGCGGUGCAAAGACAUCCUGAUGAGGGUGCCCAAAGAGGCCUGUUACCUUUCCCUACUGUGCUAUAACUUUGGUGUGGAAACAUAUGAACUGAAGAGAUAUGAGGAGAGCUCUUUUUGGCUCAGCCAGAGUUAUGAAGUUGGAAAGAUGGAUAAGAAAUAUUCAACUGGACAAGAAAUGCAGGCCAAAGUGCUGCGGUUAUUAGCUACUGUCUAUUUGGAGUGGGACUACAAACAGUAUCAAGACAAAGCCCUCAGGGCUAUUACCAUGGCUAAUGAGGAGAAUUUGCAUCCAGCUGGUUAUUUCUUGAAAAUUAAAAUUCUCCUGAAAGGUGGUGUAUUAGAUGAAGAUGUUGGUACAGCUGUUGCUGAACUCCUGCAUCAUGAGUUUCCUCUGGAUAUUUACCUGAAUACAGCAAAACUGCUUCUGGAGCAUGAGAGGGAGGCCAUUGGGUUUGGCUUUCUGAAGUCAGUUGCUCAGCUGUUUGAAGGAUCCCCAGAUGUCAGCAAAGUCAUUUUUCUUCAUAUUGAACUCCUGUUCCAGACAAAGAAGGAACUGCUUGCCAAGAAAAUGGUUGAAGAUAUUAUUGCAGGACACAGCACAGGAAAGCAGCUGCCUCCUGAAAUACUAAACCGCUUGCACCUCGUUCUGUGGGAUACAGCUGCUAAGAACUAUGAGGAAAAACAUUAUUCUGAAGCCCUUCAGUGGUACAACUGCUCCCUCAGCUUCUACUCACCUGGACAGAUAGACCAGAACCUGGCCAAGCUGCACAGGAAUAUGGCUUCUUGCUUUCUUCACCUGAAAGAGCCUGGCAAGGCUAAUGAGGCAGUGAAGGAAGCAGAGAGGUGUGACCCAAACAGCAUCUUCACUCAGUUUUAUGUGUAUAAAAUUGCAGUCUUAGAGAACAAUACCCAAAAAGCUUUGGAAGCAAUUGUUGCAAUGGAGAAGUCAGCAGCACAGCCAGCCCAUCACAAAGACAAGUUAUUGAUGGAUGGAUCUAUGGUUAAUGACCUCCUGAGCCUAGCAGCCCAGUUUGCUUUGGAGAAUGAUCAACAGUGUGUAGCUAUUAAGGCCUUGGGAUAUUUAUCUCAGCACUUGCAAGAUUGCCAACAAGCAAUGACAGCUUUAAAAUGUUUGAUUCGACUUGUAUUGUCCAAAGUUGCAGUAAAAUCUGAAGAGAUAAUUGUAGAUAUGGAGACCCUUCUAACAUACCUGACUGCAGCUCACCACAGACUUGAUGGACUAUCCAGAAUGGAGAAUGGGAUACUGGAAAUGAGAGUCAGUGAAGCUCAGUGGUUCAGGAAGAUAGCUUGGAACCUGGCUGUCCAGUGUGAGAGCUGCCCAAGACUGAUGAGAGAUUUCUUUGUAAUGUCAUUCAAGUUGUCUCAGUUUUGUCCUCCCAAUAAAGCUAUCCUGCUUGCCCAGAGAACAUGCCUGCUCAUGGCUGCUGCAGUUGAUCUGGAGAUAGGACGGAGCAGUUUGACACCAUCUGACCAGACUGAAUUGCUGACUCAGGCCCUUGAACACAUCCAAUCAUGCUGGGAGAUCUGGAAAGUUCUGAAGCAAACAGGUGAUUUCCCCAAAGACCCAACAGACACAAUACUGCUGCUUUAUGAAUUUGAAGCCAGAGCUAAGCUGAAUGACCCAGCAGUGGGCAGCUUGCUGGACCAUGUGUUGGAGCUGCCAGAAGUGGAGAUUAAGACUUUGGAAACAAUUGCAUCAUUGACCAUGGAGUCACCAGCUCACUAUCCCUCACUGUGCAAGAGGGCUCUCAAAAUGGCUUUGACUCUUCUUAGGAAACAUGAGACUAUUGAUAUACUCGCAUUGAGCAAAUGUCUACACAGCUUGAUUCACCUUUCUCUGCCAUCCGGCGUGAUUGAGGCAGAUGUUUUUGCACUGGAGGAGGCAUGGGGCUAUUUUGAAGAUGCUCUGAGCAUUUUGGGCAGCACGAUGCUGCAGGCCAGCUAUCCAGAGGUGGAGAUACUCUGGCUCAUGACUAGAGCUUGGAACACAGGAAUAUACCACUACUGUGCUAGCAGAUAUAAGGAAGCAGAGCAAUGGUGUGGCUUAGGAAUGCACUUCCUAGGUCACCUGGGAACUUUGAAAAGCAGCUAUGAGAGCCAGGUAUGGAAAGAUGAAUGAAGAACUUAACUGUGGCUC